CGCGGCGCCGGCGGCGGGAGGGAGGCGAGCGGACCGCCGGGGCUGCUGGGCUCGUGCGCGCCCUCGCGCUCCCCGCCGCCCGCCGAGGCGCAGGCAGGGCGCAGGCGGCGGCGGGCGGCAUGGAGAGCCUGCUGGAGAACCCGGUGCGCGCCGUGCUCUACCUCAAGGAGCUCACGGCCAUCGUGCAGAACCAGCAGAGCCUCAUCCACACCCAGCGCCAGCGCAUCGACGAGCUGGAGCGGCGGCUGGACGAGCUGAGCGCCGAGAACCGCAGCCUGUGGGAGCACCAGCAGCUGCUGCAAGCCCAGCCUCCGCCCGGGCUCGUGGCCCCGUCGCCGGCCACCGCCGGGGCCCAGGAGCCUCUCCAGGACCACGGACAGCUGCCGCCCGCCGCGCCGCAGCCCGCGCCCGAGCAGCCCCCGCUUCAGCACCACGGACAGCUCCUGGCUCAGCCCCAGCCGGGCCCCAGCGGCAGGGCUCACGCGUCCCAGUCGCCCCACCAGCACCCGGUGGCGCCCGGGGCCGUGGCCGACAAGGAGAAGGAGCGUCCCCCGAGUUGUUGCGCUGCUGCUGGAACCCUCCUUCAGCACAAAUCCCCCGCCGCCCUCGGCAAGGGCGUCCUGAGCAGGAGACCCGAGAAUGAGACCGUGCUGCACCAGUUCUGCUGUCCAGCUGCUGACGCCGAGCAGAAGCCCGCCUGCUCCGACCUGGGCCCCCACAGUGACGGCGCCUGCGCCCAGGCCGGUGGGGGCACGGAGGACUCCGUGGCGGCGGCGGCGGCGGCCGGCAGACCCAGUGCCCACGCCCCGAAGGCUCAAGCCCAGCAGCUGCAGGAGGAGGAGGAGCGGCCGGGGGCGGGGGGCGCCUCCCCGCGGGCCGGCCCCUACCGCGCGGCCUCCCCUGGCCGGCAGCAGCCUGCCCUGGCGACGGCGCUCUGCUCCCGCGCCCCUGCCGCCUCCGAUUACGAAAUCUCCCUUGACCUAAAGAAUAAACAGAUUGAAAUGCUAGAACACAAGUACGGGGGCCACCUGGUGUCCCGGCGCGCCGCUUGCACCAUCCAAACCGCCUUCCGCCAGUACCAGCUCAGCAAGAACUUCGAGAAGAUCCGCAACUCGCUCCUGGAGAGCCGCCUGCCGCGGCGCAUCUCCCUGCGCAAGGCGCGCGCGCCCACGGCGGAGAGCCUGGCGGCCGAGCGGGCGCUCCUGGAGGGCUGCGGCCUCGCGGGGCUGCCUCUGGUGCGGUCGCCCUCCCUGCCGCCCACCUUUGCGGGCACGCUCACCGAGCUGGAGGACUCCUUCACCGAGCAGGUGCAGUCCCUGGCCAAGUCCAUCGACGACGCCCUCAGCACCUGGAGCCUCAAGACCAUGUGCUCCCUGCAGGAGAGCGGCGCUUACCAGAUCCACCGGGCCCUGCGCGCGGGCGCGGGACCGCUGGGCCUGGAGAGCGAGGCUCGGGAGCCCGAGGGCGCCUCCCCGGGGGCCGGGGCCGAGCCUGCUGAGCCCCCCAGUCCGCCCCAGGGCCACGGCAGCACCCUCAUGAUGGCCUUCCGGGACGUCACAGUGCAGAUCGCCAGCCAGAACAUCUCUGUCUCCUCCUCCACGGCCCUGUCGGUGGCCAACUGCCUGGGCGUGCAGACGGCCCCGGCCCCCACAGACUCCGCGGUGAUUAAGGCCGAGGAGGGCGAGGCCAGGGCACAGGAGGCCCCGGAGGGCCCCGAGGCCCCCAGUGCAGACCAGGGGGCCGCGCCCGUUGAGGACCCGAGCGUAGAGGUGGAGGCCGGCGGGGCCCUGCGCGCCAGCUCGCCCGUGGCCGCGGGGCCAGUGGUGGAGGAGGAUGAAGAGGAGGAGACCGAGGAGGCGGCGAAAAGGACCGAGGCCGAACUGGAGGUCGGGGACAACUCGGAGCAGCUGAGCAGCAGCAGCACGUCCACCAAAUCAGCCAAGUCGGGUUCCGAAGCGUCAGCCUCGGCCUCCAAGGAGGCCCUGCAGGCCAUGAUCCUGAGCUUGCCACGCUACCACUGCGAGAACCCGGCGAGCUGCAAGUCACCCACGCUGUCCACCGACACCCUGCGCAAGCGGCUGUACCGCAUCGGCCUCAACCUCUUCAACAUAAACCCAGACAAGGGCAUCCAGUUCUUGAUCUCUCGAGGCUUCAUCCCUGACACCCCCAUUGGAGUGGCCCAUUUCCUGCUCCAGCGUAAGGGCCUGAGCCGCCAGAUGAUCGGCGAGUUCCUGGGCAACAGCAAGAAGCAGUUCAACCGCGAUGUGCUCGACUGCGUGGUGGACGAGAUGGACUUCUCCGCCAUGGAGCUGGAUGAGGCCCUGCGCAAGUUCCAGGCCCAUAUCCGCGUGCAGGGCGAGGCCCAGAAGGUGGAGCGGCUCAUAGAGGCCUUCAGCCAGCGCUACUGCAUGUGCAACCCCGAAGUGGUGCAGCAGUUCCACAACCCGGACACCAUCUUCAUCCUGGCCUUCGCCAUCAUCCUGCUCAACACCGACAUGUACAGCCCCAACAUCAAGCCCGACCGCAAGAUGAUGCUGGAGGACUUUAUCCGGAACCUGCGAGGUGUGGAUGACGGUGCCGACAUCCCCAGGGAGCUGGUGGUCGGCAUCUACGAGAGGAUUCAGCAGAAGGAGCUCAAGUCCAACGAGGACCACGUCACGUACGUCACCAAGGUGGAGAAGUCCAUCGUGGGCAUGAAGACUGUGCUCUCGGUGCCCCAUCGCCGCCUGGUCUGCUGCAGCCGACUCUUCGAGGUGACGGACGUGAACAAGCUGCAGAAGCAGGCCGCGCACCAGAGGGAGGUGUUCCUCUUCAACGACCUGCUGGUGAUUCUCAAACUCUGCCCCAAGAAGAAGAGCUCCUCCACGUACACCUUCUGCAGGUCCGUAGGCCUGCUGGGCAUGCAGUUCCACCUCUUCGAGAACGAGUAUUACUCUCACGGCAUCACCCUGGUGACCCCGCUCUCGGGCUGCGAGAAGAAGCAGGUGCUGCAUUUCUGCGCCCUGGGCUUGGACGAGAUGCAGAAGUUUGUGGAAGACCUGAAGGAGUCCAUCGCCGAGGUGACAGAGCUGGAGCAGAUCCGGAUAGAGUGGGAGCUGGAGAAGCAGCAAGGAACAAAGACUCUCUCCUUCAAGGCUGGGGGAGCCCAGGGGGACCCGCAGUCCAAGCAAGGAUCGCCCACAGCCAAAAGGGAGGCGGCGGCCGCGGGGGAGAAGGCGGCGGAGAGCGCGGUGGAGGUGAGUGGAGGCCUGGUCGCCCAGGUGUCAAUUCACAACAGGCUUCAGGUGUCCCCGCACAGCUCCGGGCCGGGGGCCGAGAGGGGAGCGCCGUUGCCAGACCUGCAGCCUAGCCCCUCGAGGGAGCAGCCCCCACCGCCUCCGCCACCGCCGCCCACGCCCCCCGGGACCCUGGUGCAGUGCCAGCAGAUAGUCAAGGUCAUUGUUCUGGACAAGCCCUGCCUGGCCCGCAUGGAGCCCCUCCUGAGCCAGGCUCUCUCCUGCUAUGCCCCAGCCUCCUCCGACUCCUGCGGCUCCACGCCCCUGGGCGGUCCGGGCUCCCCGGUCAAGGUGGCCCACCGGCCCCCGCUGCCCCCGCCCCCACCCCCCUACAACCACCCGCACCAGUUCUGCCCGCCCGGCUCCCUGCUGCACCAACGUCGCUGCUCCAGCGGCUCCAGGAGCCUGGUGUAGACACGCCCCCCACGCCCCCACGCUGCUGCCGCAGAGGGAGGGGGCCACGCCAGGGCCCCCACUGCCCCUCCGCCCGCUGCUCCCCACGCCCGGCACGCCGCGUUCCUGGUCACCCGUCACUGUCAUUUUGGAGAGAGGACUCCCGUCCCUGGUACCUGGUUUGCUGGGCCCAAGCUUCCAUUCCUCAGUUGAGCAGCCCUCCCCUCCAAUCUGCCGGCCUCCCUGGCUCCCUGCAGCCCCACCGGGCCCUUCACAGCUAGGCCUCUUCUACCCCGACCACCCCUCCAGCCGCUUGGACCAGGGACUGAGGGCGACAGGAGCUGAGGGCCUAACCAGCUUCCUGGGCCGGGUCUGCGGGGCCCUGGGCCUCAGGCCAGGUGGACAGGUAUGACAGCUAUGGGCUGGCACCCGAGCCUAGCACAGAAGGUGGUCUGGCUCCUGCCCCAGCAUUGGGCGCGCCAUACUGCGUGGGGGCCGGUUGGCCCUGGAUCCCUGGAGCCGCCAGGUCAGGGGGAGGCCUGGGGAAAGGGGUAGGAGUCUUUGAUGCCCCUCCCCGCCCCUCAGCCCAGCCAUCUCAGGAGGCCGCUCCUCUGUGCCCUGGGGACGUUGACCCUUCUGGCCCUGGGGACAGGGGGCCGGCUUCUGCUUCCUCUGGGGCUUGGGUGCUGCCUGCCCCGGGGGCUGCUGAGACUUCAGGAAACGGGGAAGGGAAGGGGCACCCCUCAGCUCUUUCUCAGUCAGGUCCACAGAGCCAAGGAAUCGUGAGGUCACAUAGCUACAAAAUGCACCCUUUAUAGAGUUUCUUGUUCUCUAGCCCCAAAGAAUGUCAAGUGUGCGCCCGGGGCAUAGACACGCACACACACAGGAGAACUGGGUCCUGCCCAUGCAGAAGCAGAAACAGGGAGAGGCUGGGUUUGCCCAGGGGCAGACGCAACCAGCAGAGCGAUGACUCCCACCCACCCAGGUCAGGCACCCCCUCCCCAUCCCCCGUCCCCGGAAUGACUUCCGUGGCCUCCACGAGAGCCAUGGAUGCAGAAGUACCCAUGCAGAAGCAGAUGCUUGGAGACUUGCCAUCUCCCCACCCCCCGCCGUCACCCUCAACUAGCCCUCUUAACUCCCGCCCCCACUCCAGAAGGCAGCAGGCCCGCCUCCAGUAGGGGUGGCUUCAAGCGUCCCUACACCCUCAAAACCACGAAGGAGAGCCACGCAGGGCUCGCUGGUCUCCCCAGGGCCCGGCAGAGCCAGAGCCAGCCUCUGUGCGACCCCUCUGUGUGCUGGCCGGCCUGCCCAGUCACGGCCCUUCCAGGGAUGGUCUGUCCCCGCCAGGCUGGCCCCUCCUCUGGUCCUGAGCUGACAGCGCGCUGCCGUCCUCCGUUAAGGGUCCUGCCGCUCGGGGCCCGGGUCUGAGACAUCCCAAGAGAUGGCAGCUGAACACCGGACCUAGAGUGAAUUCACUUCUCCCCAGCCCCACUCCAUGCCCCAGCUGCAGGCCCAGGGCCACGAGGAGGCACGAUUCCUCCCUCUCUCAGAGAUCCCAGGUGACCUAGUUUCGUGUGUACGUGUGUGAGCACAGGCAUCACUGUGAUGUCACCCAGUGAGUGUAUUUCUGGCUCUGUCUUUGUCAGCCCGUGUCCAUAACGUGUGACCAAUUUACCGCCUGAGCCCGUCUGUGCCCCCCCGCCCCCCCACCGAGUCCUUGUUGUCCUGGCCCCUCUCCCGUGUCUUUUCUGUAACAGGGUCGCUCCAAUCAGAGCCUUUCCAAAUGGAGCGGCUGACCAGUGGGGUGCAUGGGUCAGGUUCACACGCCCGGUGCCUGAGGCCUGGGAGCAGGGGUGUGGGCUCAGAAGGAAAAGGAUGUGUCUACGGGGUGGGGGUCGUGGGGACCCUUGUCAUCUGCUCACACAGCUGACCAAGUGCCCCCUCCCACUCUGCCGAUACCCAGCCUUUCCAGGUCGGGACCAGCAGGGGGCUCAGGGCGGGCGCAUGCGUGGUCCUCUCCACUGAGGAUGCGAAGCUCAGGGGUCUGAGUGCCCUUCCCCAGGUAGGGCUUCACCCCUAGCGCCCCCUCCACCACCGCCGCCCCUUCCCCCCCAACCCCCGGUCACUGCUGUGGCUGCCCUGGGCCCCAGUGGCGCCCUGGGAAUGCCGGCCCCAGGAAGCAGUCCAGGCUGGAGUCAGCAGCAUGUGGAGCCCACCCUGAGCUGUGAGGGGCUUUAACCCCCGCAGGCCUGGGACAGGGGGCGGCAGGGCCUCCCCAGAGUCGGGGGAGCAGGGUUUCCAGCCUCUGAACCUCCCUCCUCUGACGGACCAAACGGCUAGGCUUGGGGCCCGCCUCUGUGCCGGGCCCCAGAGCAGACCCCCAGACCACUGGGACAAGCCUCGGGCCCUCCGCACAGCUGUGGCCACGUCAGGGCCCCCCACCCUCCGGGAGGGCCCAGUGGAGGUGCUCUUGGUCUCCUGCCCCCCAGCCCCUACCGAGGGGCCCGUGGGAUGCUGCUCAAGCCCCUAAGACACGGCCUCCUGGGCAGAUGCACACUGACCCCAAGGUGGCCCAGCUCUGUCCAUGCUCCAGGCCUUACUUUGGGGACCCGGCCCCUUCCCGGUUUCACCCAUUUGUCCCCACCUGCAGAAUCAGGAGAUGAACCUAGCUUCCCCCACCCUGCGGGGCCAGCCCACCUCCGAGCUGGAGCUGGCGUGCACAGGUACCCGCCCACGUGCUCAGCCCUGACCCCGCCGCCCCGGCCCCCCACAGCCUGCCAGACGUCCAUGUGCCAGUAGGCUUCCCCGCCAACCGCCCGUCUGUCUGUGGCUUCCCCGCCAACCACCCGUCUGUCUGUCCCCGUGUUCUGCUGCACAUACAUCCUCGCUGCGCCCCUGCCGUCGCCGCGUACGCCCCCUCACCCGUUGAGAGCAGCCUCUCAAGGGAAAGAAAAGCAAGGUGGCUGCACCCAGCGACGAAUCCAAAUGGCAAAUAUUUUGUAACAAAAUAGCCCAGAGGUAUUUUAUCUGUUCAAUUCAUAGAGUUUUAGAGAUUAUAUUGAAAUAUGUCACUU